AAGAUAAGGCGAUUUGGCUACAAUCUGAGGAAGAAGGACUUGAAGAUCUCGGUCAAGAGAUUCUAAAGUCCACUCCAGAAGAAAUUAAUAAUCGCACGAAAAUGCUUGAUAACGAAAUUAAGUUGCUUGAUAUGGAUCCUAAUGAUGAACCAGAAGAAGAUGGUGCAAAUAUAGAUCUUGACGCUCAUCGAAAAGGUAAAUGUGCAGUGAUUAAGACAUCUACACGACAGACAAUUUUCUUGCCGUUAAUUGGACUUGUGGAUCCGGCUACUUUAAAACCUAGUGAUUUAAUUGGUGUCAAUAAAGAUACUAUGGAAGUUGAUGAAAAACCUGCGGAAGAUUAUAAUGAUGUUGGUGGUUUAGAUAAACAAAUCGAAGAAUUAGUUGAGGCAAUUGUGUUGCCUAUGACCCAUGCGGAUAAAUUUAAGAAUUUGGGUGUAUUAAUGUAUGGUCCACCUGGAACUGGUAAAACUCUAUUGGCUAGAGCUUGUGCUGCUCAAACACAAUCUACAUAUUUAAAACUAGCAGGUCCUCAACUCGUUCAGAUGUUUAUUGGUGAUGGUGCCAAACUUGUGCGUGACGCUUUCAAUUUAGCCAAAGAAAAGGCUCCUGCUAUUAUUUUCAUAGAUGAAUUGGAUGCUAUAGGAACAAAACGGUUUGAUAGCGAAAAAAGUGGUGAUCGUGAGGUACAAAGAACCAUGUUGGAAUUGUUAAAUCAACUUGAUGGGUUUAGCAGUGAUGAAAGGAUCAAAGUAAUUGCUGCCACAAAUCGUAUUGAUAUUUUGGAUCCAGCUCUUUUACGUUCAGGGCGUUUAGAUCGUAAAAUAGAAUUUCCACUUCCAAAUGAAGAAGCGCGUGCGCGUAUUCUCCAGAUUCAUUCACGUAAAAUGACUGUUAGCGAAACUGUAAAUUAUGAGGAAUUGGCACGUUGUUGUGAUGAAUUUAAUGGUGCUCAAUGUAAAGCUGUUUGUGUAGAAGCUGGUAUGCUGGCUUUAAGAAGAGGUGCAACCGAAUUGAGUCAUGAAGAUUUCAUGGAUGGUAUUCAGGAAGUAAUGGCAAGGAAAAAGACAUCUUUACAAUAUUAUGCAUGA